CUCAUGGUACCAUACAACUGUGUGCAUACGACGUGAGCCCGAUACAGAUAUGAGCGAAAUGCAGAACCCCUUCUCGCGGCUCAGCCCUGAGUUGAUUCAGAAUAUUGCAGGCUUUAUGCACACCAAUGACAUAGCGACUGGCUUCAAGCUCGCUUGCCAAGAGGUCGCUGCAGCGCUGCGGGCGCAACACCGCGUCAUCCAGCUUCGUGGCGAGCCGCGGACGCUGAGAUCGGCCAAUCUCGAUACAUUUGCAGUCGCAAUAGCGGCACAUCCCUGGCCCGGAGCUGCCUUCGUGGCGCACUGGGGCCGCCCCGAGCCCUGGCGCGCGCUGCCCCGAUGGCCGCGCCACCGGCUGCUGUGCCUGGCCGCGUCCAGCCGGCACCCGCCCAGCCUGGAGGCGGCCCUGGCGCACUGCGGCACAGCCAUCGAGACUGACGCGCUGGAGUCCGCAAUCAUAGCGCAUGACCUGGCGGCGUGCCGGUGGCUGUUCGAGACGGAGGGCUGCGACUGGAAGCCAGAGUGGCAGCGUGAACGAAUCCCGGCGGUGGCAGGUCUUGCCGGCAGCGUGCCGGUGUGCCGGUGGCUUUGGGAGACCGUCCCACAACAUGAGCUCAAUGUGGCUGGAAUGUUUCUGUCAAAUCUGUGCUACGCCGGCCACUCUGGCGUGGUGGAGUGGGUGCUUGAGGAGGUGACAGGUGGACUCCCGCACAACCGCAAUAAUUACAGCUUCUGGCCAGCAGCUGCGGCGGCGGGGGGGCGGCUGGAGCUGCUGCAGCAGCUGGCGAGCCGCUUUCCCUUUGACCCGGAGGGGCAGAACGGCGUUCCCGUCGCGCUGGCAGACGUUGCAUAUGGCUGCCCGCUGGCGGUGUUGCAGCGGUACUACGAUCCAUGGGGCGCAGCAGUAGGACUGCUGGAGAAAGCUGGGCAGAAGCUGCAUGUGCUGCUGUGCGCGGCGGCCAGUCCCACGCCUGACUGAGCCGACAAAUGCAACUGGCUGUGGACGCGGUGGGCUGUGGAGGGUGUCAACUUCAGCCCAGAGGACUUUCAUGACGGAGGAUUUAAGAGGAUGCGGCUGGUUGCCAACAUGCUGCA